AUGGCGGAGUCGAAAAUCGACAUUUUCGUGGAGAAGCUUGGGGAUGAGAAAUGGGAAAUCGCGAGGAGAGCAAAUGUCGCUGUGGAACUUAGAGAUUCGAUUGAAAGCCUCUGUUCCGGGUCCAGCUAUCCCAUCUUCCUUACCAAGCUAUGGCCUGUUUUCAAGAAAGUCCUCAAGGGCGAGCCGGUGUUCAUAAACACGUCCUUCGACCAU